ACUUUUUGUGAUAGUGAAGUGGCGUGGCGACGUCCACAAUUUAAUUUUCUUUUAAUUUAAAUAAUAGCACAGUCUACAAAUAACCAAUAUGUCUGUCGCUGUUAAAGGAGUGUUCAUAGUGGGCGCCAAGCGCACCCCGUUCGGUACCUUUGGGGGGGUGUUCCGAAACACUUCGGCCACUGAGUUGCAGACCAUCGCUGCGACUGCUGCGCUCAAGGAAGCCAAUGUGGCUCCCGACCAGGUCGACACCGUCACUGUGGGACAGGUCAUGUCGGGCACGCAAACAGACGGCAUCUACACGCCACGCCACGCCGCGCUGAAGGCCGGCAUCCCUCAGGAAAAGCCGGUGCUUGGCAUCAACCGCCUCUGCGGUUCUGGCUUCCAGUCCGUCAUCAAUGGCGCACAGGACAUCCUCACCGGCGCCGCUAAGGUCUCUCUCGCCGGCGGUGUAGAAAACAUGUCCCAGGCUCCCUUCGCAGUCCGAGGAGUCCGCUUCGGCACGACCCUUGGCCUGAACUACGCCUUCGAGGACACACUAUGGGCUGGCCUGACAGACUCCUACUGUGGCCUGCCCAUGGGCAUGACGGCUGAGAAGUUGGGAGCUCAGUACUCUAUCACGAGGGAUGAAGUUGACAACUUCGCGCUGCAGUCUCAACAGAGGUGGAAGACUUCAAACGACGCCGGAGUGUUCAAGGCGGAGAUCGAACCAGUGACCCUGACCAUCAAGAGGAAGCAAGUGAGCGUGGCGGUAGACGAGCACCCGCGGCCGCAGACUACCCUCGAGGGCCUGAAGAAGCUCCCGCCUGUCUUCAAGAAGGAGGGGCUCGUUACCGCUGGCACUGCUUCUGGUAUCAGCGACGGCGCGGGCGCCAUUGUUCUAGCCAGUGAGGCAGCUGCCAAGGGUCUGAAGCCGCUGGCUCGGCUGGUGGGCUGGUCAGUCGUAGGCGUUGACCCCAGCAUCAUGGGAGUAGGCCCAGUGCCUGCCAUCCAGAACCUGCUCAAGGCUACUAAUAUGACCCUCAACGAUGUGGAUCUUAUUGAGAUCAACGAGGCGUUCUGCGCGCAGACCCUGGCUUGCGCUAAAGCCCUGAAGCUGGACAUGAACAAGCUGAACGUCAACGGCGGCGCCACCGCGCUCGGGCACCCGCUCGGCGCCUCGGGCUCGCGGAUCACCGCGCACCUCGUGCACGAACUCAGACGGCGUGGACUGAAGAGAGCCAUCGGAUCGGCCUGCAUCGGUGGCGGACAGGGCAUCGCUCUCAUGGUUGAAGCCGUCUAAAAUCAACUAACUCCAUAUUCAAUCGAAGAGCCAAAGAUGUUACAGUCAACUUUUUAGUGGUCAAAGUUAAACUUCAACCGAAAAAAGUUAUCC